GCAAGUGGCACUAUUAUUGGGCCCACGUGUUUGUGCCUCAUCACCCUACUGCUAUCCUGAGCCGCUGUUCGCUUUUCCUUCACUCAUCAUGUUGUCUCUGGGCACGGCGAGUAGCGUGAUUGCGAGAGGCUUGUGGGUGUGAGUCACGAUUGUUUCUGGCUCGUUUGCUGUACUGUUGGUCGUUGUUUUUCGCCCUCCUUGUUUACUGCACAGCAAAAUGGCAAAUGCGGCAGAAACUUCUGGGCGAGCUUCUCUUUUAUAUUGUGUGGAAAGAAAAGAGGUUGUCAGCUCUUCCAACCCAGUGUAUUUCUGCUGAAAUCCUCCUCUCUUUCCUUCCGAGUCUCAUCCAUCUGUGCAUGUCGACUAGAAGAAGCAGGUGCCAUGCUGAAAGUGACCGGAUUUCAGACCCAUUAUUGGCCAUUGGUUCGGUUCCUCGUCCCCCUGGCAAUCACUAAUAUAGCAGUAGAUCUCGGGGAACAGGCACUAAACAGGGGUAUAGCAGCUGUUAAAGAGGAUGCCAUUGAGAUGCUUGCUAGCUAUGGGCUGGCCUACUCCCUCAUGAAGUUCUUCACUGGACCAAUGAGUGACUUUAAGAAUGUGGGACUAGUAUUUGUUCACAGUCGGCGCGAUAGAAUCAAGGCUGUCCUGUGCAUGGUCACAGCUGGUACUGUGGCUGCCAUAUUUCACAUUCUAAUAGCAUAUACGGAUCUGGGAUAUUACAUUAUUAACAAAUUACAUCAUGUGGAUGAUUCUGUGGGAAGUAAAACAAGAAAGGCUUUUCUAUACCUGGCUGCCUUCCCGAUGCUGGAUUCCUUGGCAUGGACCCAUGCUGGCAUUCUGCUGAAACAUAAAUACAGUUUAUUGGUGGGCUGUGCCUCAGUUUCAGAUGUCAUUGCUCAGAUUGUAUUUGUAUCCAUUUUGCUGCACAGUCAUCUAGAAUGCACAGAGCCGCUCCUGAUUCCAAUUCUGGCCUUGUAUAUGGGAGUGGCCAUCCGCUUUACCAUGGUGGGGCUUGGAUAUUAUAAAAAUGUGCAUGACAUCAUUCCUGAGAGAAGUGGACCUGAAAUGGGGGGCGAAGCCACUAUAAAAAAGAUGCUGGCCUUUUGGUGGCCUCUGGCUUUGAUUCUAGCAACUCAGCGAAUAAGCAGACCCAUUGUCAACUUGUUUGUUUCUCGUGACCUGGGAGGUAGUCCAACAGCCACAGAGGCUGUUGCUGUUCUAACAGCCACAUAUCCAGUGGGCCACAUGCCUUAUGGUUGGCUGACUGAGCUCCGUGCUGUUUACCCUGCUUUUGACAAGAACAAUUCAAGCAAUAAACUUGGGCACGUGAUCAAUAAGUCACAUAUCAAGAGAUUUACAUUCACCUGUUUGGCUAUCUCUGUCACAUUGUGCUUUAUUGUGUUCUGGACUCCGCAUCUAUCAGAGAAAAUCCUGGUUAAUCUGAUAGGAGUGAAUUUAGCUUUUGCUGAGCUCUGCGUGAUACCUCUGAGGAUUUUCUCCUUCUUCCCUUUCCCAGUUACAAUUCGAGCACACCUGACUGGUUGGCUGAUGACCUUAAAGAAGACUUUUGUGCUGGCACCCAGUUCAGUGCUGAGGAUAGUGCUUCUCAUUACAAGUCUGAUCAUUCUUCCUUAUAUGGGGAUACAUGGAGCUGCUUUAGGUGUUGGUUCGCUUCUUGCUGGUUUUCUGGGAGAGUCGGCAAUGGUAGCAAUAGCAUCUUGUUAUGUAUAUCGAAAAGAGAAAAAUAGAAGAUCCCUGGAUGAAGCAGCAGCUGAGGGAGAGGACUCUGCAAUGAAUUCUGCAGUAAACCCUGAGGAGACGUCUGAGGUAGUGGAGUUAGAUGAAGAUGAAUGAGCAACAUUUAUACACUGCAGAAAUCAGUAUGGUUCAGCAUCACAAUAUUAAACUACCUUUCUCUUCUGCUAUAUUCUUCCUGUUAUUUUUCCGGAAAAAGUUUCUGUCCUCACCAAAAACAGCUUCUGUCGAUGAGCUAAUCCUUAUCAUAGAACAGUCUCAGACAUGAAGGGACCUUCUUGCAUGCAAUUCCAUUUCAGCUAAUAUGUGAAUGGAAGCAGCUUCAAAAGGUAACACCCAGCAAGUCUUCCAUAGUUAAGUUGGCUGACGUCCUUCUAUCCAUGGUAUAAGCAACAUAUCUAAAACCAAAGCACCUUUCUUCUUUUGACUAUACUGGUUUUCCGUCAAUAUUCUUUUAUAGACUAUUAUUGUAUAUUGGGAUUUUUACAUUAUUUAACUGCUUUAAUAGUAUUAGUGUUUUUUUUAAUGUACACUUGCAGUUAUGUUUCCAGUGACCUGUGUGGUGUAUUGCCAUAAUGUUGCUGCUUGAGAGGUGGAGCUCUGAAGAUGCCAUGACCAUAAAGGACACAAUUUUGUAAAAAAAAGGAAAAACCGUAGAACAUAUCAAAAUAUUUUUUUACAUACCAGAAGAGUUUGAUAUCAGUAUAUUGAGAAGACUGUUGUGCAUGUGAUGGUGACUUGUAAGUAAAGCAGUAAACAUAGGAAAAUUAACACUGAAAAACAUAGAUAUGAUUUGAAUUUUAUAAGCUUGUCAUAUUCAAUAGCACAAGUGUACAUUACUUUAAUGAAGUGAAAUUUUAAGGUGGUGUGAAAUUUGACAGCUAUAUAAUUGGUUCAUAAGUGGUUAACAAAGUGUUUCUGAACACAAGUGUUACACCAUCUUGAUACAUGUACUGAUUCAGAGCAUUGUAUAUUGUAAAGCAGUGGAUACAAUGUAGUUCAAAUGAAUUCAGCAUUUUCUUUUCCAUUGCAGCUUAUUAGACAACUGGUUAUGUGUUGAAGGAUGGCCGUUUAUUACAAUUAAUGAAUGUUGCAGCUUGAUUGGUUAGUUUGUGGAAGAAUGACACCAGCAUAGAUUUGGUCCAGUUGUACCGGUACCCUUUUACUGCACACAGCAACGUGUAUUUUUGUUUUCACGUUACACCAAAGACUCGAAGUAUCCUAGCUUUCAGUCAUUGUUCACAAAGCUCCUAACUGCAUCUCAACCUCCACCUCAACAUCUUCCUUCCCAGUUCCAGCUUGUCUGGGGUUCAUUUUCCAGACCACUUUUAUUUUAAUCCAAUCCUUCCUGAGUUUUAUUUGCUUCAAAUUUGAGAUGAAACCGCAUCAAAGAAUUGCCUUUAACUUGUCACAAAAAUGGCAGUAUCAUUGAGAGACUCCAUGGUUCAAAAUGGGAAUGCAGUCUUUUUACAAUUUGAGACAGAAGAGUACUGUUGGGGUAGAAUGGAGGAAGCUUUAUUCUCUUGCUAACUAUGCUACACUUGGCCAGAAAGUACUUGAUUCAGAUUUUGGGUACACAAUUAGGGAAAAUUCCAAAUUUCAGCACUUACUUCUUGAGCAAAGAACAAGGAACAAAGAAAAUUACAGCACAGGAAAAGGCCCUUUGUCCCACCAAGCCUGCACCAAUCCAGAUCCUCUAUCUAAACCUACAUUCCAAGGAUCUGUAUCCCUCUACUCCCUGCCCAUUCAUGUAUCUGUCUAGAUACAUCUUAAAUGACACUAUCGUGCCUGCCUCUACCACCUCCGCUAGCAAUGCGUUCCAGGCAUCCUCCACCUUCUGCGUAAAGAACUUACCACGCAAAUCUCCCUUAAACUUUUCCCCUCUCACUUUGAAAUCGUGACCCCUAGUAAUUGAGUCCCCCACUCUGGGGGAGAAAGCUUCUUGCUAUCCAGCCUGUCUAUACCUCUCAUGAUUUUGUAGACCUCAGUCAGGUCCCCCCUCAACCUAUGUCUUCUAAUAUAAAUAAUCCUAAUUCUUCUCAACCCCUCUUCAUUGCUAGAGCCCUCCAUACCAGGGAAAUCCUGGUGAACCUCCUCUGCAUCCUCUCCAAAGCAUCCACAUCCACAUGUGGCAACCAGAGCUGUAUGCAGCAUUACAAGUGUGGUUGAACCAAAGUCCUAUACAACUUUAACAUGACCUGCCAACUUUUGUACUCAGUACCACGUCCAAUGAAUUGAAGGCAUGCAAUAUGCCUUCUUGACCACCCUAUUGACCUGCAUUGUCACCUUCAGGGAACAAUGGACCCAAACACCCAGAUCUCUCUAUGCAUCAAUUCCCCACCCCCCAGGGCUUUUCCAUUUACCAUAUAGUUCAAUCUUGAAUUGGAUCUUCCAAAAUGCAUCACCUCGCAUUUGCCUGUAUUGAACUCCAUCUGCUAUUUCUCCGCCCAACUGUCCAAUCUGUCUAUAUUCUGCUGCAUUCUCCAACAGUCCCCUUCACUAUCUGCUACUCCACCAAUCUUAGUGUCAUCUGCAAACUUGCUAAUCAGACCAUCUGUACCUUCCUCCAGAUCAUUUAUGUAUGUCACAAGAGUCUAGGAAAAACAAUAAAGCCAAAUAAAUUUUUAAAAAUUUCACAAUCUCACUUUUCUAAAUUAUUGUAAUGCUGAGUGUAAAUAAGCAUUUUGCAGCUGUAGGAAAGUUGAUGUAAUUUGGAUGGAGAAACUGCUAUUAUUAUAUCUUUAAUCAAAAUGUUUGUUAAGCAAUUUACUCAUGCUUCAGGGUUUAAAAGGGCUUGAUAGCUCUGUUGACAGUGUAACAAGUAGUCAAGCUCUAUUGUGGAUCCCUAAUACUCAAGAGUUUCAGAUAUUCUCUACUGUAUAUUUUCAGAAAAUAAAACAAGCCCUGGACCAUUUUUUUUCUGUAUUUAAACAACAUAUCUUUAUUUUAUUAUUGCUAAUUUGUUCAAUAUUUCUUGUAAAAAGGUAAAUUAAUGUUUAUGUAGUUGAGUGGAAACUGUCCUCGAUUAUAACUAAACUGGUUAUGCAACAUGCUUUCAACUCAAAUUUCACCAAGCAGUAAAUUAUUUUUUUAAAGGCAGUGCAAGUUUUCAAUCAUUAUGUUUAAAGUAGUUAACUAUAUUUAAUAUGCAAGCAUAAUUUUAA